AUGAACCGCAACACGCAGAACCUCGCGAUAGGCCGCUUGCCUACUAACGACAGCUUUCCGCCUUUUUCCAGCGUCGUCCACAGACCGGCGUCGAGUUCCUCCACCGCCUCGGUGUCGAGUGCAGAGGAGAGACUGCAAUGGCGCUCGCACCCGAAUGUCGCGACACCGCAUCCGGAUCCGACGAACCAGAAUCCCUUCGAUGAUCCCAGCCUCACAUUGGCAACGCCCCUGAGUCGCGAUGAGCCCGAAGGCCUUUCCAACGACGUGCAGAAGCAGAUUCAGCGCGAAGAGGAAGAGAUAGAGUACCAUGGCGACGACAACGAGAGGGUCGACACGAACUCUACGGAGAAGACUGACGAUUCCAUACGCGAGAACCCGGCGGCAUUGGCUGCUGUCGCCAGCAGAAGUACAAAGCGCAGCGUUCAAAAUUCAGAUGUGCCGGAGAAGAGGACGAAUCUGAGCUUCAAGGAGCGGAUACGGCAUUUCACCUGGACUUGGUUCUGUCUUACCAUGGCUACCGGUGGUAUCGCCAACGUCCUGUACACUGUCCCGUUCCGCUUCCACGGCAUCUACGCGCUUGGGUGUAUCUUCUUCAUCCUCAACAUUGUGCUGUUCCUGUUCAACGUCGCUAUGAUUUCUUGCCGGUUCUACUUCUAUCCCCGAACGUUCAAGGCGUCAUUCCUGCAUCCCACAGAAUCGCUGUUCAUCCCCGCCGCUAUCGUCAGUUUUGGUAUCAUCCUGAUCAACAUCAGUCAGUUUGGAGUUGACAUGGCUGGGGUGGGUGAGUGGUUGGAGCAAUGCAUGAUUGUGUUGUUUUGGAUGGACUGUGGCCUUGCUGUUUGCUUCUCCAUUGGCAUCUACCUGCUCAUGUGGUCAACCACGACUUUUACUAUCUCUCAAAUGACGCCCAUUUGGAUCUUCCCAGCAUACCCUCUGCUUAUCAUCGGACCUCAUGCUGGUAACCUCGCGCCCAAGGUCGAAGAUCCAACCAUCUCACUCACCAUCAUCCUGACUGGGUAUGUCAUUCAAGGUAUCGGCUUCCUGGUGUCGCUCAUGAUCUACGCUGCCUUCAUCUACCGUCUCAUGACGCAGAAACUUCCCAAGGAAUCCCUCCGUCCGGGUAUGUUCAUCUCAGUCGGUCCAUCUGGCUUCACCAUUGCCGGAGUCAUCAUGAUGGGUCAAGAGCUCCCAAAGACCGUACCCAGCGAUUUCAUGGGCGAAGGGAACGGCGAGCUCGCAGGCAAAGUCGGCAUGAUCUGCGCCAAUUACAUGGGACUAUGGCUCUGGGGUCUCGCACUAUGGUUCUUCUUCGUCAGCGUCGGUGCGCAUUGGUCAUGUGCCAGGAGAGGAAAGAUGGACUUCGCAAUGACAUGGUACUCCUUCAUCUUCCCCAACACCGCGCUCACAACAUCGACCUUCGCCAUCGCCCGUGCCCUCAACGACAACAGAGCCAUCGCGCUAAUCGGCUGCGCAAUGACCAUCGCCCUCGUCAUGAUGUGGUUCUUCGUCAUCUUCAUGAACGUGCGCGCUGUUGUCAUUCAUCAGAUUUUGUGGCCAGAGAAGCAAGAAGAUAGGACUGAGGGCGGAUGGAAACAACAGAGUGCGGAAGAACAGCAGAGGAGACAAAGAGAGAGGGAACUGGCUGAUGGCGGUGAGAGUAUGAGGGGCAGGGCGUGGAGUCGUGCGAGGACGCUGACGAGGCCUCGUGAGAGUGAUCCUACGACCACGGCUAUGCCGACGCUGGAGAGGUCGCAGACGGAUAUUGGGGCGAGGAAGAGGGGAUGGAGCUUUAGGAGGUAG